AAGCUUAUUCCUCAGGGCUCACGCUGAGCAGAGCCCUUCUCACUCACCCUGUGUGCCUCCAGGUCCUUCUGGUUCCCUGCACGUCUCCCUCGGUUUUGGCAGCCCCAUGGCAGUGGGGUCUGGCUGUAGAGCUGAGCUUUGGGAUGUUUGGCUGGACCAUCAUUGUCAUGGUGACAAAAUGUGUCCUGCUGGUGACACUGCCCUGUCACUCUUUCCCUCACUGCCCAGCCUGGUUGUGACCCAAGGAGCAGAAAUUUGCAGUAUUGCUGUGCCUGGAACAUAGGAAGGGAUGAAGAUGUGCAUCUCAGCUGCCCUGGAAGGGGCUGGAGUCAGGGCAGGGCUCAGGAUCUCUCCCCACACACCUUGGGGCACUUGGGGACCUGUUCUGCUUUGCCCAGACCUGGCUGCUGUGGCAAGUGGGGACCAGGGAGGUUCUGGCAGCCAGAACCAGCACAUGGAUGUCCUGUCCUGUGCAGGCUGAGAUAGGACACAGGCAGUUGGACACAACUUCUUCUUUUCUUCAGUUUCUCUCCUCCAGAUAUCCUAAUUUAACCCUUUCACAAAAGAGCAGCAGCAGCCAAUCAAGUAACUCUUUGUUCUCUAAAUCAAAUUGGUGUUUUCUUCCCUGAGCUGGAGAACUGUUUGUCAUGACCCAUGUCCAGAGUGCCAUCAGUGACACGGUGGAGCAGCAUCUCUCUGCUGGAAUCUGGCUCUUCCUGCAGGGAUCUGUGGCUCCUCUUCCAGGCAGGAUCUGCAGCUCCUCUCCCCCAUGGCCGGGCGGGAUUCCCUGGCUGUGCCUUCGCCUGCAAGCCUGGUCAUGACUCCUGCUGUGGGAGGGACCAUCUCCAAACCUGCUGUGGGCACCAUUGGAGCAGCAUGGGCUCCUCUUGCCAUCCAGCAGGGAGAGCCGUGGGGAUAUCAGGAAUCCCCAGGAGCAUGGGGCAGGUGUUAGAGCUGCCCUGACCCGGCCCUGGUGCUGUGCUGGUGUGGAUUCCUGCUGCCCCAGCUUUGGAGGGGCAUUCCAGCAGCAUCUGCUCUCCCCUCCCACUCCAGGUGCCUCCCAUGGAAUGGAGCCACAGCUCCUCUGCCCAUCUGUGACACUCAGGGACUGUCACAGCUCUGCAAAAGGAAAGUUGCUGUUUAUAGAAGAUGUUGGGAUGCUCGAAGGGUAGAUCCAGGGAAGGAUGGCACGUGGCACCUCUCCUCUCUGCUGGAGUGUGGCUGGCAUUCCAGUGCUCAGAGGAUGCACAGAGUGACUGUAGGCCUCUCUGGACCAACCUGGGCACCUGUAACCUCGCCAUGGAUCAUAGGGGUGCAAGGAAUCCUCUCAUUUCCAAGCCCUGGGUUGCUGCUCUCUGUUGUCUCCUGCCCAGGUGCCACGUCCUUGGAGGCACCUGGCACAUCCUCCUGGCAGCUGGGUCGAAGCAGAGCUGGGAACUCCUGAGCUUGGUCACACAGAUGGAUCUGGUUGCUGAAGGAUCUGCCUGUACAUCUGAGAACUGGCACUGGCUGCACACUGUGUCCCGAGGAGAGGAGCCCAGCCUCCCUGCCCUGCUCUCCAGUGUCUGGAGGAGAAGCCAAGGCUGCAAGAUCAAAGCGCUGCGUGCCAAGACCAACACGUACAUCAAGACGCCGGUGCGGGGCGAGGAGCCCGUGUUCAUCGUCACGGGCAGGAAGGAGGACGUGGAGAUGGCCAAGCGCGAGAUCCUGUCGGCCGCCGAGCACUUCUCCAUGAUCCGGGCCACGCGCAACAAAGUCAACGGGCUGGCGGGGGCCCUGCAGGGGCCGCCCAACCUGCCGGGGCAGACCACCAUCCAGGUGAGGGUGCCCUACCGCGUGGUGGGGCUGGUGGUGGGCCCCAAGGGCGCCACCAUCAAGCGCAUCCAGCAGCAGACGCACACGUACAUCGUGACGCCGAGCCGCGACAAGGAGCCCGUGUUCGAGGUGACGGGCAUGCCCGAGAACGUGGACCGGGCGCGCGAGGAGAUCGAGGCGCACAUCACCAUGAGGACAGGCUCCUUCAUCGACGUCAACGCCGACAACGACUUCCACUCCAACGGCACCGACGUCUGCCUGGAGCUGCAGGGCGGCGCGGCCGCGCCCUGGGCCAAGGCCCCGCACGCCGCCCAGCGCCCCUCGGCCGCGCUGCGCAACGACAGCCUCAGCUCGCUGGGCAGCGGCUCCACCGAGUCCUUCUACAGCGGGCGCGUGGCGGCCGCCAGCCCCACCAGCCCCUACAGCACCUUCAGCGAGCCCCCGGCCCCGCUGGGCUCCGACGAGUGCGACUUCGGCUUCGACUUCCUGGCCCUCGACCUCACCACGCCCACCACCGCCAUCUGGUCGCCCUUCGAGCGCUCGGGCAACCCCCUGCAAGCCUUCAGCAGCUGCUCCUCCAUCAACAGCUCGCAGAGACGCAACAGCGGCCCGGCCACGCCGCGCCUGUCGCCCACGCUGCCCGAGGCCGGGGCGGCGGGGCUGGAGCACCCCUCGGCGCGGCGCAUCCCCAGCGACCCCGCCGGCGCGCUGGCCUGGCUGCCCGCCCAGGGCUCGCUCUCCUCCUUCUCCAACAGCACCGGCUACUCCUCCUCCUCCUCGCUGCCCGGCAGCAUCUCGGCCGCCUCGGGCUCGCCCACCGACUCGAGCAGCUCGGACGGGCACCGCAAGAGCUCCCGGGAGUGCAUGGUGUGCCUGGAGAGCGAGGUGAUGGCCGCGCUGGUGCCCUGCGGCCACAACCUGUUCUGCAUGGAGUGCGCCCUGCGCAUCUGCGGCCGCGCACAGCCCCAGUGCCCCGCCUGCCACGUGCCCGCCACCCAAGCCAUCCACAUCUUCUCCUAGCCCGGGGGCCGGCCCGGCCGUCACCCCCUCCACCCAACACCGCAGCGUUUUAAGGACUUUAUACUGUUUAAAUCGAGCUUUUUAUUUAAUUGCAGA